ACAAUCUUAGUUCACCAAAGAUGUUUUUUAUAAAAAUUAAAGAACAAAUUUUCAUUUAAAGAGAAACCAGAAGCUACUGGAUUAUUGUGUGAUCGGGUGUAUACUGAGCUUUAGCUUCAACUUUGUUAUCUACUCUGAUGGAACCACAAUCUAGAUGCAAAGCUGUGGUUCCAUCACAGUCUAUGUUGUUACAAUUUCAAACAUGCAAAGUGAAUUGUUUAAAUAUGUAUUGUUUACAUUGUGCUUUAAAACAAUUCUGAUGAAUGACGUUUGUGAGAUGAAUACUAACCGCUGUGAACCUGUAAAAUAUAGAUAUGUCUUCUACGAUAUUAAUCCUCCAGAAGGUUUCAACCUGAGAAGAGAUGUUUACAUGCGUUUCGCUAUAUUUGUGCACAAACUUAAACAGACCAAUCUUUCGAAUUUCAAGCUUGUUUUACCCCCUUGGAUAAGACUCUACCAUUGGAACAAGCAAGAAUCCGUUCAAAUACCGUGGUCCCACUUCUUCGAUUUGAACAGUUUAAAACAAUUCGCUCCAGUUAUAGAAAUGUAUGAUUUUUUUAACGAAAUUAACGUCAAAUACUCGAAAAUAAAAAUCGAUCAAGUGUACAUACUGCAACACUAUAAAGAAAUGUUCGACACAGGGAAAUUUGAGGACAAAAUGCAAAUAGAAAAAUGUGCAACAAAACCGAAAACCAAUUUUUACUUUUAUAACAACAUCACGUCUGACAGUAUUAAAUGUCUAUCGUUUCAUGGACAAGCAAGUCACUUAAAAAAAGUGCUCGAGGAAUCAAACGCUCAGACAAUUCUGUUUGAUCAUGCUGAAGUUGCACUUCACGAUCAUUUCGGAAAUGAUAUCUAUUGGAAAGCGAGACGAAGUAUGAGAUUCAACAAGGAAUUGAAGAAAUUGGCGGCAGAUUUCAGGCAGAAAUAUUUAAAUUCGUCCGACCAGGCAGAUGGGACCAUGUUACCUGAGGACUGGCAAAAGGAGACUGGAAAAAGAGCAGCUAAAGGUGGUCCUUAUUUGAGUGUACAUUUAAGACGUAGGGAUUUUGCUUUGGGGCGACCAAAUGAUGUGCCAAGUAUCCACGAAGCUGCAUCACAAAUAACGAAAUUAUUACAGCAACUUAGCUUGCGCAUUGUAUUUAUUGCCACAGACUCAACAAUUCAAGAAUACACAAAAUUGGAAGGGCUGCUCUCCACUUAUAAGGUCUAUCGAUUCCUUCCAGUUGAACCGUUAACUGAUGGUGCAGUUGCGGUGAUAGAUCAAAUUAUUUGUUCGCAUGCACAAUUUUUUGUAGGAACACAUGAAAGUACAUUUACGUUUCGUAUACAAGAAGAACGCGAAAUCAUGGGAUUCCCUGAGCAUACAACUUUCAACAGACUAUGUGGAAAUAGAUGUGAGAAACCUUCAGUGUGGAAAAUAGUUUAUUGAACAAAAUAUGACCUUUAUGAAUAGUAUUAUUUAUCAGUACGUUUUGGUAUUAAAUCUUCCUCAUGUUGGAUUUGUUGAGUUUUAA